CUCGUUUUACCUAACCGUGUCUCCAUUUCAUGGAAUUCCACUCUUGGAGGACCUGAUGAUUCACACUGAUACCAUGGCCUAUGGCUACCUGACUUACGACAAGUCGGCUGAAAUCAGUGAAAUCCCUACAUAUAGUAUUGUUAAUGACUUGGUUGAAAUUGAUAAAGUAGUCCAGGAAGCUGUGCAAUUCUUAGUUGAAAAUAUUGAACGAUUUAGAAACACUAUAGAAGAAUCCGAUCACGGUGCACUGGCUGCUGUCGAGACAGCUAUUCGCCAGCUCAAGGAUAUGAUCGAUGAAAUACGAGAAGACAAACGUGGUGUAGGGUUUCAUCAGAUUCCAGACCUUAUUCGACCCCUUAUUGAAAUGGUCUCAAGGUUAAAAACAGUUUGGGGAGAUUUCAAAGAAGAAAUUUCAUUCAACAUCAAGGCCAUUAAGUCUAACUUCACGGACUUUGUUAACAGGAAUGUCUACCGAAUAGAAAGAAAUAUAGAAAGUCUCACCAAUCGAAUGGUGUCGGAAAUAAUAGGCGUUGCCACUGAGUAUAAUGGUUUUGGGCUAAGGUUUACAGUAGAUUUUAAUUUAUUUUCACUGAUGCUACCCAAUGCAUUGGAAAUUGAAUUGGUUUACUCUGAUGGGAAAUUAGCGCAGUGUAGUGAAUUUGCCAAGAUGUAUAAGCUGUUAGAAGGCGAAAAGGCAUUAAGAGGACUUUUAGCGAUUAAUAUCCCAAUAAAGCUUAAAUUCUUAACCAUUGAAGGUGCGGGAUUAGAAGUUGCGUUCAGUUCAUCUGAUUUGUCAAAAACUGUCGUCCAUUUUUUGGGUAAAUUCUCUUUCCUGGGAAUGAACAUAGAAGGUGAUGUAUUUAUUACAAGAGAAGGCUUGGUGUGCAACGUGGAGGCCUUGGUGUGGAGUUUAUUCAGAGCAAGACUAGAAAUAGAGGCGAAGGUCUUUACUGAAUGGCAUAAGCUGAGAUAUAGAGUGUCGGUGUAUCUUUUACCUGGAAGGGAUGACUCAUUUGAAGG